AUGUCUAAGAACAUUGAAAAUAUUAGUUCUUUUUGGCUACAAGAAAUGGCAAGAUUCUGAAUUUGUUCCGUACAUUCCCUAUGAAGCUCUACAAUAUUUUCUAUUUGCCUAGCAGCCAAAACUACUAAAGGCAAAGAAAAAAUUUACUGCCUGAUACAGUUUUUAGCAGAACUUUAUCGACUCACAAUGAGCAAGUGGCAAGAAGCCAUGAAAAUUUCUGAGUCUACAGAAGCUAUUCAGCAUGCCUUGCAUGUUGAAAAGUAUAUGAAAAAUGGAAGAAAGCUAAUGAGGGCUGGAAUGUUCUUAGAUGAUUUAGCUUCUAUCAAUAAAAUAUUUGGUGAUCAAAAGUGAAAAGAUGUGGCUAAAAUCAUUAAAAUAUUUUACCAUAUAUGUUCCGCAAUUUAUUAUGCACUCGAUAAUUUAGCAUGGGUAACCGAAAACAGUCUAUUAAAACUGCCAUAUCAAAAUAUUUCAUCGAGACUGAAGAAACCAAAGGAUUCUUUGUCCUUUGCUAGAAAUAUUUUUUUAAUCACAGUCAUCAUAAUUGAUAUGCGAAGAAACCUCGAAAUUCAAAAAAGAAUGAAAGCCAAUAGAAACAUUUAUGAGCAUCUAUCUAAAGACCAUGCAUUGGAUAUCAAAUUUGUGCACAACAUGAUUGAAAAAAAAAGAGAAAUGAAAUUUUGUAUUGUUGAUUUAACAAUUAAUAGCUUGAAAGCUGCCAUGUCUUAUAAAACAUUAGGAUUGCCUGGAUCGAAAUUCUUCAGUCCUAUAUUUAUCAAUCUCUGUGGAAUUAUUUCUGCAGCGCUAGCAAUUUACUGCAAUAUUUUUAACAGCGAUUGCAGCAAAGGACAAUCAUCUGAAAACGGAGAGAAAAUAAAUUUCAAAAAAAGAACAGAAAGUUUGUAG